AUACCUUUCUAAAGCAGUGGUAGUGUGGCACCGACUACGAUGCAAUCACUUUCUCACGACAACGAGAGAAGACCUUUUCUUCUUCGUCGUCUUUGACAUGAGAGAUGAAGGGCCUUAUGUGUCUUCUUCAGAGCUUAUCAGGCAUUCAGGCCAUUAGUUGCAGGGUCAUAAGACGAGCCGAUAACGUAUCGAAAUUAAAAGUUCGUGUUUCUCCUUAAUUUUCCGCCAUGGAAGCAGAGAACCAACGGCCGUUGCUGAACGACAAUCUCGGUAAAGCCGACGGUGGGCAUGGAAACAGAAGAAGUGGAACGGUGGAGUUUGAAGGGGACAUUGAGCCCAUCAAUAGAGCAGGGAGGUUUUUCUUCCAAUUUGGGGCCGAAUCAAAGAAACUGUGGUAUCUUGCUGGGCCUGCUAUCUUCACGUCCCUGUGCCAGUAUUCACUGGGAGCGAUCACUCAGGCCUUUGCUGGACACGUUGGAACCCUCGAGCUUGCCGCCGUUUCUAUGGAGAACUCUGUCAUUGCGGGGUUCUCCUUUGGUGUUAUGCUAGGAAUGGGAAGUGCAUUAGAAACGCUAUGCGGACAAGCCUACGGGGCUGGGCAGCUUGACAUGCUUGGGAUUUACAUGCAGAGAUCAUGGGUCAUCCUGAACUCCACGGCCCUUGUCCUUUGUAUAUUUUACAUCUUUGCUACUCCCUUUCUGAAACUAAUUGGGCAGGCCUCGGAGAUUGCAGAGUCGGCAGGAACGUUUGCAAUAUGGAUGAUCCCGCAGCUCUUUGCUUAUUCCAUUAACUUUCCCAUAGCCAAAUUCCUGCAGGCUCAGAGCAAGAUCAUGGUCAUGGCUUUAAUAUCACUUGUUGCUCUGGUCCUCCACACUUUCUUCAGUUGGUUGCUCAUCAUAAAGCUGGGGUGGGGACUGGUAGGUGCUGCUGUGGUGCUCGAUUCCUCUUGGUGGUUCAUUGUUAUUGCUCAAUUGGUGUACAUUUUCGCUGGCACUUGUGGCCGAGCUUGGACCGGGUUCUCAUGGAAGGCCUUCACUCAUCUUUGGGAAUUUUUCAAGCUUUCAUUGGCAUCUGCCAUCAUGCUCUGCCUAGAGUGUUGGUAUUACAUGGUGUUGAUUCUAUUUGGUGGAUAUUUGAGCAACCCUGAAGUUUCAGUAGAUGCACUAUCCAUUUGCAUGAACAUCUUAGGUUGGACAAUAAUGGUAGCGUUUGGCUCAAAUGCAGCAAUAAGUGUGAGGGUGUCAAAUGAAUUGGGAGCAGGAAACCCAAGGAAGGCAAAAUUUGCAGUGGUGGUCGUGGUGAUCUCCACCUUCAUCAUCGGCCUUGCCAUCUCUGCCGUUCUGCUCAUACUGAGGGAUUACUACCCCAAGGUAUUUACCAGCAGCCAGGAAGUGCAAGCGCUGGUCAAUCAGCUCACCCCUCUCCUUGCUCUCACCAUAGUCAUUGACAAUGUCCAGCCCGUGCUCUCAGGUGUUGCAAUCGGAGCAGGGUGGCAAGCAAUCGUCGCUUAUGUGAACGUGGGAUGCUACUACCUCUUUGGCCUUCCAUUGGGAUUAGUCAUGGGAUACAAAUUGAACUUGGGAGUCACGGGAAUUUGGAGCGGCAUGACGAUCGGAGUCUGCCUACAAUCGCUGAUACUGUUUGCCAUGACCUACAGAACCAACUGGAACAAAGAGGCUUCUGCUGCGUCCGAGAGGAUCAGAGUGUGGGGAGGACCAAGAACUUCAGAUGAUGGUCCUGAAAAAUAAGCCAUCAUCACUAAUGUGAUUGUGGCGCUCUUCCUAUUCCCUUUUCCAUUUUCUAGUGAAAUAAGAGAAGACUAUGCUCAUAAAUGUAUUCUUCUUUUGGCCCUCAUUUAUUCAUGCAUGUUCUCGCCAACCAAAUGAAAUUAUACAUUUGAUAUA